GAGCAUGUCCAGAGCUGCCCGAAACCGCAUCUAAAGCGCACGGAAUAGGUGCCCGCGGGCAGCCCAAACUCCAACACCUCCACUCCACCACUAUCAUCAAUCACACAUUCACCCCCCCACAGCGCCACCACCACGCCGCCCUUCCUCCGCCGUGGUGGCUGGCGAAAAUGGGGCAGGGACUCAGCUGCAGGGAGCUCGAGGACACUGAGCUGUUCAACGCAGUUCAGAACGGAGACAUUGACACUGUCGAAGCGCUGGCCGCGGAAGCCCCAAAUCUCUUGACGAUCAGAACCCUUCACGGCCGGCUCUCCGCGCUCCACGUGGCAGCUGCCAAUGGCCACCUCGAGGUUCUUUCUAUGCUUUUAGAUCGCUUCGGGAAUCCAGAUAUCUUGAAUCGCCACAAACAGACUCCAUUGAUGUUAGCUGCGAUUCAUGGCAAGUUCUCCUGCGUGGAAAGGCUUAUUCAAGCAGGAGCUAAUGUAUUAUUGUUUGAUACAUUACAUGGGAGAACAUGUUUGCAUUAUGCAGCUUAUUAUGGUCACUCAGAUUGCCUCCAAUUGAUUCUUUCUGCUGCCAACUCCACCCCAGUUUCUCAAUCUUGGGGAUUUUCAAGAUUUGUUAAUGUGAGAGACGGCAGUGGUGCAACCCCAUUGCAUUUAGCUGCCCGGCAAAAGCGCACAGAUUGUGUUCACAUUCUACUAAGCAGUGGAGCUCUCGUCUGUGCUUCUACCGGUGGAUAUAGUUGCAGCUAUCCUGGUAGCACGCCUCUGCAUCUGGCUGCUCGCGGAGGCUCAUUGGACUGUGUUCGUGAAUUGCUUGCCCGCGGUGCUGAUAGACUUCAAAGAGAUUCAUCCGGGAGAAUACCUUACAUGGUUGCUGUCAAGCACAAACAUGACGCGUGUGCUGCUUUGUUGAACCCUUUGGCACCAGAGCCUCUAACUUGGCCAUCACCGUUGAAGUUCAUUAGUGAGCUCAAUCCUGAUGCAAAAUCCUUGCUAGAGAAAGCCCUGAUCGAAGCCAACAAAAAGAGAGAAAAGGCCAUCUUGACGGAAACACCUUGUACUACUCCACAACUCCCAUAUUCCGGUGGAGUUGACGAUGAAUCUGAGGGUGGAGAUGCGGAGCUAUGCUGCAUUUGCUUCGAGCAGGUGUGUACAAUCGAGGUGCAAAACUGCAGUCAUGAAAUGUGUGCUCAUUGCAUUCUAGCCCUUUGCUGUCACAGCAAACCCAAUUCCUCUUCCAAGAUUCCAGUCUGCCCCUUCUGCCGAAGCACCAUCACUCGACUAGCUGUUGCCAAGACCAAAGUCGACACCAAAACAGAGUUGGAGCCGGCUCCUGCAAAGCCAAGAACAAGAAUAUCACUUAAUCUUGGUGAAGGGAGCAGCAGCUUCAAGAGCUUGUCGUCACUCAGCUCGUUUGGGAGGUUAGGGCGCAGCUCCGGGAAGGUCGUUGCAGAGUGCGACCACGAGAUGGUUAAGGCGUGAUAUCGGCUUCCAUUGACUCCAACGUGUUGAGGGCUUAAUAUAAAUUCUUUUUGUACGGAUAUCAGACGGCGUGAUUUGAAGAUGAAAUGGAACAUUUUCUACUGAACUUGGUUCAAAGUGCAAAUGAGAUUUCAUCUCCAUUUUAGAAAACUAAA